AUGGCGUCCGCAGCCGAAGACUUGCAGGUCGGCAACGACGCCGAACUGGACGAAUUACUGGACAGUGCGCUAGCCGACUUUGAUAAGCAGGGUGAGCCUCCUGAACCAAAAGCUCCAUCCUCCUCUUCGUCCACCCAUGGAGCAGAGAAGCCACCGCCGCUGCUCGAGGACUGCAAGCUCUUCGAGACACUCUUUCAGGGAGACAUGGCGGCCGAGGCCCAGCAGGAGUGGGAAAAAGCCAUGUCGGAGCUGGCUCAGGAGGAGCCUGAUCUGCUCCAGCACUUUCAGAAACUCUCAGAGGCUGCCGGCAAAGUUGGCACAGACACAGCCUCACAACAAGAGUUCACGUCCUGCCUCAAAGACACCCUCCGUGGCCUUGCCAAAAAUGCCGACAACCUGCAGUCUUCUGGCCUGGCUGGGGACGAUCUAGUCAAGGCACUUGAGGGUUUGGGAUUGGAAGAGGGAGGCGAAGGUGGCAGUGGUGACGACGCCAACAUCCUUCCCAUCAUGCAAUCCAUCAUGCAGAAUCUCCUCUCCAAGGAGGUGCUUUACCCAUCCCUCAAGGAGAUCACCACUAAGUAUCCAGAGUGGUUGGAGGCCAACAGGUCCAGCCUGAGCCCAGAGGACGUCCAACGCUACGAGCAGCAGGCCAGGAUCAUGAGUGAAAUCUGCCAACGCUUUGAGAAGGAGGAAGACGGUGACAAGGUCUUUGAAGGAAUCAUGGACCUCAUGCAGCAGCUGCAGGACCUUGGACAGCCACCCAAAGAACUCGCGGGAGAUGCCCCUCCCGGCUUGAACUUCGACCUAGACUCUCUCAACCUCCCAGGAGGCCUUGGGGGAGGCGGGGGGGCCGAGCAGUGCUCCAUUAUGUGA